AUGACGUCAUCGGAUUCCGAUCUGCGAUCAGAGUUGGAAUCGGAGUGUAGACCGGAGUCAGUGGCAUCAGAGUUGGAGUCGGAGCGUAGACCAGAGUCGGAAUCAGGGUCGGAUCACUGUUCAGAUUUGGGUUCGGAAUUGGGUUGGGAUGACGAGGUGGAGUCGGAAUAUGAAUUCGAGCCCUACCAACCGAGCAAUGCCAAGUUUCAACAGAUCUUCACAUGUUAUCCGAUGAGCGAUUACAAAAGCCCCCACCUCGAAGCCGGCGAUAAGAUAAUCAUGCCGCCGUCGGCCCUCUCUCGUAUCGUCGAUCUCGAUAUGCAGUACCCUCUCGUUUUCAAGGUGCACAGCUUCAACAACGAUGCGAUCCACCACUGCGGCGUGCUGCAGUUCGACGCGGAGGAAGACUGCGUCCACAUGCCGGAGUGGAUGAUGGAUAAUUUGAACGUACUCGGAGGUGACAAAGUCGUGGUGACCAACGCCGCCGCCCUCUCCAAGGGGGUUUACAUGAAGCUGCAGCCGCAUGCGUCGGCUUUCACCGAGCUGGACGACCCGAGGUCGGUUUUGGAAAAUACGCUCCGGGAAUUCACGUGCGUGGGGCGUGGGAGCACGAUUAUGGUCAAACACAACCAAGUUGGUUACUAUUUCGAUGUUUUGGAUGUGAUGCCGCAGGGGGAGGCUAUUACCUUGACGGAUACCGACUGUCGUGUUGAGUUUGCGCCGGCGUUGGAUUACGUGGAGCCGGUCAAGACCCGAUCGAACGGUGGAUGUUUGGUUCGGAAAGUCGGACGCGGUGAAAAGGUGGUGGAAGAAGAAGUAAAGGUGUUUAAGCCGUUCACGGGGAAUGGGCGACGUUUGGAUGGACAGGUGGUGGUGGCGGCGGCGCCGGCGGAAUUGCCGGAACCGAGUAAAAGAAAACCCGGGGAAUGUGGGGCCAAAGGAGAGUUCAAACCCUUCACCGGGAAGAGUCAUGUUCUUGGAUGUCUUUGA